CACUACUUCAACUCUACCUUCUCAUUCGUCUUUCUUUCUUCUCUAUCAAAAUCAUGGCUCUAAUCCCAAACUCAAAAACCUCUGCACUCUUCCACCUGCUCCUCUUCUUAUUAGGCAAUGUAGCAUAUGCCACAGUGUUUACCCUGGAGAAUCAUUGCAGUUACACAGUUUGGCCCGGCACACUUUCCGGCAACGGCGCUGCCCUUCUCGGCGAAGGCGGUUUCGCCCUGGCACCCGGUUCGGCGGUCCAGCUCACCGCGCCGGCUGGCUGGUCCGGCCGCUUCUGGGCCCGGACCGGGUGCAGCUUCGACGCCUCCGGAAGCGGAAAAUGUGUCACCGGAGACUGCGGCAGCGGACUGAAGUGCAGCGGCGGAGGCGUUCCGCCGGCGACUCUGGCGGAAUUCACCCUCGGAAGCGCCAGCAACGGCAACAAGGACUUCUACGACGUGAGCCUGGUGGACGGUUACAAUGUGGGCAUGGGUGUGCGGGCUACCGGCGGAACCGGUGACUGCCAGUACGCGGGGUGCGUGGCGGACGUGAACGGUGUUUGCCCGGCGGAGCUGCAGGUGAGAGACGGCAGCGGCGCGGUGGUGGCGUGCAAGAGUGCGUGCUUGGCGUUGAAUACGGCGGAGUAUUGCUGCACCGGCGACCACAACACGCCGCAGACAUGUCCGCCGACGCAUUAUUCGGAGAUAUUCAAGAAUGCGUGUCCCACAGCGUACAGUUACGCAUACGAUGAUGCGUCGAGCACUUGCACGUGUUCUGGAUCAGAUUACCGUAUCACAUUUUGCUCCACGUGAUCGUACUCUUAGUCAUUGGAGAUUUUCAUACAUUAUACACUCCAUUAUGAAUAAAAAUCUUUGUUUUGUUUUUAUUCUUUUCAAUUUAUAACACUGAAGAAUUGAAAAAUAGUUGAUUUUUUUUCGAUGGUACCAUUGAUUU